AUCAGUCAUUAGAGUUAUCUAGUCAACAUUGAAUAUACGUAAAUAUUUAGGAAAAUUCUAAAAAUGAAAUACUUGGUUGUAUUGGCUGCUCUGGUGGUGGUGGCACACUCAGCUUCGUUCCCAGCAAGCCGUUUCAAUUCGCCCCGCUUCGGUGUUCCGAGCCCACCACCACGGCCCGUCCCGUCUCGUGUAGCUCCUGCGCCAGUUCGCGCUUCCAGCAACGACCAGGCUGCUAAUAUAGUACGCGAUGACCGUGACAUUAGCCCUGAUGGCAGCUACAACUAUGCAUUUGAGACUGAUAAUGGCAUAGCGGUUCAAGAGCAAGGUACACCUCGUGACUUCGGUGGUAACCCUCCAUUGGUCCCCGUUGUAGCUCAAGGGUCCUUUGCCUACACCGCCCCAGGAGGCGAGCCCAUCUCCAUUUCAUAUGUUGCUGAUGAGAACGGUUUCCAACCUCAGGGUGAUUCAAUUCCUACGGCUCCUCCAGUACCUGCCCAGAUCGCCAGAGCACUAGAAUAUCUUGCCAGACAAGCUUCGGGUGGAAGCAGAUUUUAGGAAAAAAAAUUAUUACUAAAUUUGAAAUGUCUGAAAUUACAAGUGCUAUAACGACGAAGUAAGAGAAAUUUAUUUUGUAAGUCUAAAGAAUUGUAUAAUAAUAAUAAAGGCAGUU